AUCCGCGCAUGCGCAACGGCCUUGUGCGCCCGCGUCGACUGUCGUUCGCUCUCACUACCCGCCCUUAACAUCGCGCUAAUAAAGUUUAAAAUCAAACAACAAAUGAACAUCAUCUCCGAAUUCAAAUUUGUGAAAUAAGAAAAGUGCAAACAGACAAAAUCGGUUCUUGUUUAAAAAAAACGUGUUAACUUUCUGUGGUAUCGUGUAGUGUUUUAUAGUGAUAUGAUUGUUUAAAUGAGUGUGCAUUUCUUUUUCUUUAAUGUAGUCAUCUGUGAAUUAAAAGAAAUACCGUAUGAUCAAUUGGUAAACAUUCGGAUCAAAACGAAGAGGAAGAUAAAAAAUGCCAGAUACUCUGUCCCUCUCUGCUGGAGUGAGCUUAGGUUUGCUGGCUGGCAUCGUAUCAGGAGUCUGCUAUCUCGUCGCAAAUGGACUCACCUGGCCGAAAAACGAGCCACCGAAACCAAAACGACGCUUGCCUCUGUAUUCCGAUGAAGGCGUCUGUCGUAGGUGUGGCGGUGACCAGCAGGGAGGACUUAUACCCUGCGUAUGUCGAUAUCACAAACCUGUAAAGUUCGAGUCGGGCGCGUGGUUCUUGCGACAAGUGCAACGAGCUAUCAGCCUCAUGCCGUGGACCAUAUCCACGGAGAAACUCGAACAAAUAGAGGAAGAAUGUGAAGGCCGAGAUUCGCCUGGCCCAAGCGAUGGCCGGGAGUUACGCAAUGUACGCGAUUUUCUGGAGACGCUAUCAGCACAGCUGGCCGGGGGACCCCUGGAGGGGACCAGGAUAGCACCGCUCUACGACCAUCCAGCAUAUCUCCAACCAUCUCGUAAUGCGUCUCCGUCGACCGCUGCACCCAGCCUGUCGGGCGGCGCUAGUGGUGCGCACGCGCAACUAAAGCGUCUCGUAGCGCGGGUGGUGGAGGAAGCUGCAGCGCUUCCAGCACUAGCGCGAUACGCUGCAGAACCAGUCAACCCACCUAGCAUAGAAUCAUCCACGUACGAAGACUUAUUGGCUACUGCUAUAUUAAACAAGGUGAUCGAAAGGUACCAGACUGAGAAUGGAUCUGGAGGACGAAGUAGCGGUAUCCACUCUGCAAGUGCCAGUCCAACGCCAUCAGAGAGGUCUCCGCCGCCAUCCCUUAACUCAAGGCACACCAGAGAUAUCUCUCCUCCACUUCGAGAAGAAGAAGAUGUUUCUGAUUGGGAAGAAGGUGAAACAAUAGAAGACGCUUUGGAAUUGCCUAGGCGGGUCCCGUUCCCAGAGUUUGGUGGAGACAUCGUUCAUCAGGAUAACAGAGAUCGCGAUUUCGAUGAAGUAUCUGGAAGUGAAAUACAAGCUACAGACGGCACAUGGGAAGAAAAUUGGCUUUUCCAGAAAAAGAAGAUAAAGACCAUACAAUCAGUGCCCGUUCCAAUGUUAGUUCCCAAUUCUAACGCAGAAUACAGAGCUCUUAUCGGAGACAGAGAUGCAGACGAUACAACAGAUCUCUCUGAUAACGUUAGCGACCAAGAGGAUGAUGAAGAUAAUAAAUUUAAAAGCAAUAUCAAAAGAGUAUUAGAUUCAAAGCAUGUUAUAGGAGGCAAACCGAAAUUAGAGGAACUUGACUUUGAGCCAGACAGUUUAACGAUUCUGGAUGACGCAAAAGAGUUUGACCAAUUUAAUGAAAACCAGCAAGAAGAGGAAAAUCUCACUCACGCUAUUAACAAUGAAAUUAAUGACAGUAAAAUUUCUGAGGAAAUUAAUAACUUAAACAAGACAAAUAAUUUCGAAGAUGGACAAGACUCGAUAUUAAUAUUAGGAAUCGAUAGCGGUCCACCUCAAAAAGCUGAAUUUUCAAUAAAAGAAGAGAUUCAUAGAACUAUUUUGAAUGGAAAUAGCUUAAAGUUUGACCAAACAGAUUCUAUAACCUAUACUGAUGUUGCUGUAGAUGUUUUAGAUGGUUCACACAAUGUGAAAGGGUCUACCAAUACGCUAAGUCGUCAUGAACGAGAAGGGGAAUACGAAGAAACUGUAACUAUCCCAGUGCAGAGGUAUGCCGAUAGUUUGCGAAGAAAACAUUUCGACGACGACCCACAUCAGAUACCAACCCGAGAUACUGAUAAUGAUGUCGACGGUCUGAUACCAGGUUCGAUAGCAUACAGAGAGCGAAAGAAAUGGUUAAAUUACGUUGAAAUGCCUAAUAAUCCUUAUUCGCCGGAAGCUAUUAAAAAACGAUUAUCAACUAAAAGUACCUCUUCGCUUUUUGAUAUGAUUACGACCAAAAACAAUGAAGUAGACGAUGAUGAUGAAGUUAAAGUUACAUCAGAUAACGAAACAGGCAAUGCUAAGACUCAAACUAAUGUAGAAAAUAUUCCAGAAAGAGAUAAAAUUGAUGUAACUGCUUCUCAUACAACAAAUAGCUCUAAAUUAGAACCUGUUGAUGGGUACACGCGUAUGGUUGCAAGUCCUACACCAAAAAUAUUAAAAGAUGUCUUAGCAGAAGAAGUGCCACAAUAUAAACGAUAUGGGAGAGAUUAUUACAUAAAGGAGGCAAAAAGAUCAUCCGGAGCUCGCAAGAAGAAUGGUUCAAUCAGUGACAUAAGUUCCAUAUCAUCGCUAAACAAGUCCAGCAGUUUAGACAAUAUUGAAACUGAAUUCGCUACGCCUGUAAGUGCUAGCAGUUCAUUGAGCGAUCUCGAAGCCUCUGCUCUCCAUCAAAACAUCGUCCGUGCCGUUCUCAGUCCCAGAAAUGCGAGCCCCAACUUCGCUAUUAAUCCCAUAUUCGAAAACCCCGACAAUAACGAUAACACAGAUGAAAUUUAUGACAUACAUAAUGUCAGUCAAAAAGCCAACGUAAGAUUGCAAAGUAAACAUGUAUACAGUGAGGGUGAGGGUUAUGUGGAAAACGAGGAUAUAGUUAGACUUAAAAUACCAAUAAAACCUGAAAUAACAGAAGAUCUAUUCGAGACUUAUAGCAAUGUUAGGCGGAAUAACACGCUGAAAAGCGAAGAUUUGUGUGUUCGCUCAAAACGUCGACCAGGUCUCAAUUAUACAUUCGGUGGAAGUUUAAGGUUAAACAAGGGUUUUCAUACAGACCUCUGGUGAAAUGCAACCCCUAAUACACCACCUCGACUCUUUAAACACAUUAACUGACAAUGUAAUAAUUCCUACCGAUAUGAUAAUUUUGUGCAAUACGAAUCUCUUAAACUAUGUACGAUACAUACAUAGGUGUUCAGAGCUAAUCAUUUAAUUAACUAAUUAAUAAAAAUAAGGUUUUAUUUUCCAUAAUAUUCCAUUUAUCUAGGAUACAUAUCUUCGUUUUGACACAACAAAUUUUGACUGUUGUGUUCUAAAGUUGGCAUGUUAUUAUUAUUAAACGCUGACUAACAGCACUCUGCACUUUAUAUGAGUAUGAAAGUAUUAUUAGAGCCGCACUCAUAGAUUUGUGUUCUUCUUAAUACAAUUUUCAGUAAUAAUAAUACAACGGUAAUCCACCGAGACGUUAGUGGUGAGUGUUGUGAGAUUUUGGCGAACUUAUAACUAAUAAUAAUUGGGAAGGCUUACGAUAAAACUAACUAGACUCUAUGUUAAUGAGCUAAUAACUUAUCCUCCUUACCACAAACGCAACACAAAUCAUAUUUUCUCGAUCAAUAAAAACACCAUUCUAACAUUUCAAACGUAUUCCAACAUCUAACCCAGUAACUAACAUAAAAAGAACCUUGCACGGCAUUAUUAUUUUAACCGCACAUCAAUCACUGUAUUUUUCUAAUGUUUCCGCAAUAUUUCUAAUAUUCUCAGCACGGAGACGGGCUUUUAAAUAUCACUUAGUUUAGUCAGUUUUUACAUACUUACCUAAGUUUUAUAAUUGAUAAACUAUUACAAAGUUUUGUAAUGUGAUGUGGCGCCAAUUACCAACUUUUUAUUAAAAUUUCAGGGAUUUCUUAUAAAGCAAUUUAACACGAUCGCUAUUAAUCAACAUUAUACAAAAUUCGCCAUCGAUCAAUCAAUGGACUCUAUAACUACUAACUCCAGAGAUAAUAACAACAGUAUCUUAAUAGAAUACGAAGACACUCAUGAGGAUACGGUAUUUUCUGCAAAACCAGCUUAUGCAAAUAAUGAUGACACAGAUGAAAAGUUUGAAGAAAUAUUAGAGUCCGCUUACAAAUCAAACUUGCCGCUACUUAAUAUAGAAAACAGAGAGGUAGAUGAACCUGAAAAAUCACCUACCAACCAGAGCAUUGGUGAUUCUUAUAUAAGUUCUAGCAGUUUAGAAGACUCCAUUAAAAUCUACAAUAUACAAACGGGCGAGAUAAUGAAAUGUAAGCCGGAAGAUAACGUAUCAACAAGAUACGAGACUGACGCUGACACGAACGACAACAUCGAUAUACCCGAUAAGAAUAUCUUAGGGGAUACCGAUGACAAACACACUCUACAAAUCGAAGUCACUGAAGAAACAGUAGUAAUAAAAGAACGACUUGAGGAAGACGCUUUUGAUCAAAACAGUGAGAUCGACGAUAUCCUUUCACAGCUACCUAAAGUAAAAGAAUUGGCAAAGAAAUUCGUAAGCAUGGAGAAUCUUAAUGAACAAACCAAGCUCCCCCAGCCAUAUUCAUGGCGACGGCGGAAAAGCAAAGAAAAUAUAUUAAACGGUGAAAACGAGAAAUCUCCAAACAAAAUACAAUAUAUGCACAGUCUCACUGCAAGGAGCAUCUCUAAAGAGUUCAGGGAAGAACUCAAAAUGUCUAUGGCAACUCCACUAACAGUUCCUGGGGGAUCAAAAGAAAUCCCAGAAGGCACAGAAGAAGUUGUCAAACAAACCAGUAGACCUGGCAGCCCUCAACCUGAACCGGGUACAAUUAAAAAUAAAUUAGCGUUCUUCGAAAGUCUCAAGUCUAAAUUUAAUAAUAAAUAGAAUAAGAGUCACCUUAUAAAUAUGAGGUAUACAGUUACAAAACUCC